UUCUCAAGACCCUGAAGGUCUUGGCCACACCUGGGAUCCAAGCAUCUUUGCUUUGCAGCCAUAAAGAGGCAAAUGAAGAGGCAGAAAGGAAACAGCUUUCUUAUGUACUGGUUACUAUGGCACCUCCUACCGUUAGCAGCUGGAACCAGUCCAACGUCCAGUGCGGCAAUCACAUCGGCCAGCGCUGUAGCCAGUGCAACCUCCGGUGAAACCAGCACAUCCUCUAAUGCCACAUCCAGAGAGAUGUCCAGCGGGACCAGCACCACCCCAGAUGCAGCACCUGGUACAACCUCGGGGGGGACCAGCACACCCUCCAACCCCACCUCCACUGCGGUCCCCAGUGAACCCAGCACAACCUCCAACCCCACCUCUACUGAAGUCUCCAGUGAGCCCAGCACACCCUCCUACACUGCCUCCACUGUAACCUACAGUGAAUCCAGCACACCCUCCUACACUGUCUCCACUGCCAUCUCCAAUGAGCCCAGCAUGACCUCCAACUUUGCCUCUACUGUAACCUACAGUGAGCCCAGGACACCCUCCAGCCCUGCCUCCACUGUGGUCUCCAGUGAAGCCAGCACACCCCCCUACACUCUCAUUCCCAGUGAACCCAGCACACCCUCUAACACUGUUUUAACUGCCACCUCCAGUGAAGCCAGCACAACCCUCUACACUGUCUCCAAUGAGCCCAGCGUGACCUCCAACUUUGCCUCCACUGUAACCUCCAGUGAACCCAGGACACCCUCCAGCCCUGCCUCCACUGUGACCUGCGGUGAACCCACCACAACCUCCAGCCCUGCCUCCACUGCGGUCUCCAGUGAACCCAGCAUGACCUCCAACACUGUCCUCACUGUGACCUCCAGUGAUCCCAGCACACCCUCCUACACUGUCUCCACUGUGGUCUCCAGUGAGCCCAGCAUGACCUCCAACUUUGCCUCUACUGUAACCUACAGUGAGCCCAGGACACCCUCCAGCCCUGCCUCCACUGUGGUCCCCAGUGAAGCCAGCACACCCCCCUACACUCUCAUCCCCAGUGAAUCCAGCACACCUUCCUACACUGCCUCCACUGUAACCUCCAGUGAACCCAGGACACCCUCCAGCCCUGCCUCCACUGUGACCUGCAGUGAACCCACCACAACCUCCAGCCCUGCCUCCACUGCGGUCUCCAGUGAAGCCAGCACACCCCCCUACACUCUCUCCACUGUGAUCCCCGGCGAAACCAGCACACCCUCCUACGCUGGACCCAGUGAAAACUCCAGUGGGGCCAGCACAGUUGUCAACACUGGACCCAGCACGAUUUCUGGUGGGGCCACUACUACCCCCAACUCUGGAUCCGGUGCAAGCUCUGGCAAUUCUGGCACACCUGCUCCCACUGGAACACAAACAAGCCCCAACAGAAUUAGCACAAGUGUUGCUACUCCAGUGAGUGGGGUGAAACCUAGUGGUUCCUUGGAGCCAUGGGAAAUCUUCCUCAUCACCCUGUUCACAGUGGUGGUGUCUGUGGGACUCCUUGCUGCUCUCUUCUUCUGUGUGGUGAGUGCCUAGUACGUCAGCAAAUGUGUGGGGGAAGAGCAGAAGGAACCUACAGAAAGGGGGUCCAAAUAGUCAGGGUAUGGGUAGGAAAGGGAGACCAGGAGACAGUUACAAAGAGGAAGCCGCUGGCCCAUGGGGAAAGG